CCGUCAGAAACCAAUUCUUGGUCAACCCCACCCACCCACCACCCCUUCUUCUCGAUACAUCAUGGGCUGCGCACAUUCGACUCCUGGCGGCGCGGAUCAAUUCACGAAUUGGACGGAGUCCGAUGCCACCAACGUGUCGCCGUGUCCGUUUCUGAACGCAUUUGCCAACCACGGCCUCCUCCCUCGCACGGGUAUCACGGUGGACAACAUCAAGAGCGCGCUCACGAUCUUCCAAGUCGACGAAGCGUUGCAAAAGUUGUUUACGGGGUCGGCCAUCACAUCGUUGGGUUCAGUCGCCGCCGCCAAAGAAGAAGGCGCCGCGGAUGAUGCCGAAGCGCCCAAGACGCUGUCGUUGUCCAGCCUGGGCCAGCACAACGCGAUGGAGCACGACGCGUCCUUGACCCGCCUUGACGCCGGACUCGGCGAUUCCGUCAAGCUCGACUCGGCGCUGCUGGACCAACUGGUGGCGCUGUCCGCCGACGGCCAAUACAUCACCAAGGCGCACAUCGGCCACUUCCGCGCCAUCCGCGAAGAGCACAGCAAGGCCAAUAAUGACGCGUUUGUGUUUGAUGCCAAGCAGCAGUUUCUCGCGUACGCCGAGGCGGCGCUCCUGCUCCUCGCCCUCCGCGAUUCGACCGGCAACAUCAAAGUGGACUGGCUCAAGCUCGUGUUUGAACAGGAAAAGCUGCCGCUCGAACUCGGGUGGGAAGUCCGCCCCAUCACGGCGGACGAAGUGCUGGGGCUCGCGAGUGAAUUGCGAGGCGGUGACCCGUUCGACAAGUCUGUGUUUGACCAGUUCAAUUAGCUGCAUGCUCCAACAAGGACUUCGAGCUGGCCACAACGACUGACUGGCCAGUAUAUAAUACGUUAACAAGACAUUGUUUAAGCACAA